AUGGCCUCAACUUGCUUUCUCAUGGCCUCAACUGCACCAUUGUACUUCCUUAUAGUCCUUUUUUGCUAUUGCAUCUUCGAUAUGCAAAAUGACGUUAAGAGAUCGGAAGACACACGAUCGAGCAUGAGGAUGCCUCAUGAGCAGUUCAUACUCGACUCGAGCCUUUUCUGUUAUCUUGUCCUUGAACGUCCCGUGCUCCCGCCCUUGUGUGUCUCGUCUUUUUUUUCGAAUGACCCAUUUUCUCUCUUUUGUGGUUGUAUUCGUCAUGUUCUCAAGGAUAACCAAAGAUUGGGGCUGCACAAGGCCCUUCUUUGCACUAUCUAA